AUGGGCAAGUCUUCAAAGGACAAACGCGAUGUAUACUACAGACUGGCCAAGGAGCAGGGCUGGCGUGCCCGCAGUGCAUUCAAGCUGCUCCAGGUCGACGAGGAAUUCAACAUUUUCCAAGGUGUCACAAGAGCCGUCGAUUUGUGCGCCGCACCCGGAAGCUGGUCACAGGUGCUCAGUAAGGAGCUGCAAAAGAACAACACUGACACCAACGAGCCACCACAAAUCGUCGCCGUUGAUCUCCAGGCCAUGGCGCCGCUCCCAGGUGUCACACAGAUCCAAGGCGACAUAACAAAAUUAUCGACAGCCGAACAAAUAGUCUCGCACUUUGACGGGGCCCAGGCUGAUCUCGUUGUCAGCGACGGCGCCCCCGAUGUCACAGGCCUGCAUGACCUAGACGAGUACAUCCAGGCACAGCUGAUCCUCGCCGCACUCAACAUCACCACCCAUGUUUUGCGCAAGGGAGGCACUUUUGUGGCAAAGAUCUUUAGAGGAAAAGAUGUUACGCUGUUGUAUGCGCAGCUCAAGAUAUUUUUCCGCACUGUUCAUGUGGCUAAACCAAGGUCGUCGAGGAACUCGAGUAUUGAGGCGUUUAUCGUGUGCUUGGAGUAUAAUCCACCGGAGGAUUACGUGCCUAAUAUGGCUAAUCCACUGAUGGAUGUGCCGUAUGGUCCGGAUCAGCCUAUUGUUGGGAGUAACCGCGUUAUCGUGCCCUUUGUCGCCUGUGGCGAUUUGCGCGGGUUUGAUGCUGAUAUGACGUAUCCGCUGGAAAUAGACGAUGACGAGCCGUACCACCAGCUGGACCCGAUGCAGAUGCCCAUCAGCCCGCCGUAUAAAAAGGCCCUUGAGCUCAAGCGCGCCAAUUUCUACAACUAA